ACUUAGACAGAAACUGCCUCUAAAGCGGACGGCGAGCUCCGACUCCUCCAAGUGUAUCUGUUCCAGGCAAUCAAUGAGGACCGCGAUGCUUACUUCUGCAGCUCUCUGUCCCUCUUUCUCUCAUUCGCCUUACCAGCUAUUAUAGUGCAUUUCAACUUUUGUACAGGCAUACAAGCAAAGGGAAGUUUGGAUUCCAUUUUUGACCACAAUUUACCUCUUGUUUUCUGUAAUAAAAAUGAGAGGUCGGUUUGUUGUCACUUUUCUUUGGAAUUUAAUAUGUGCCAUUUCUUAUGCUGUUUUACGGGUAGGAUAAGGAAACAACAAAAAGGUGUGACAAGAGCUAGCCGGACAACUGUGGAUUUCUGCGAGUAACUCCUACCGUCCAAAGGGGAUGAGGGGGGCAUCGGCCGGACCCCCCUCUUGAUUGAUUACUUAUUAGUCAUCCCUUUGGCUAAAUGGGACCCAUUGAAAAGGCACCGUGGAACACAUACAUGAAUCAAAUAUUCCUGUGUCCCCUGAAUGUCUCCAGAGUAAUUUUGCUUAAGAGAGGGGGUCGUGGCUUAGCAUUAUAAAGAGGGAAAAACAGCAUAGCUUUAUGGGUUUAUUUAGACAGUUUCUACGGUUUGACAUUCUACCGCUGUAAAAAGAGAGAAGGAAAACUCGAGAGGAUUCCAAAGAGCAGAACAUUGAGGACAUACAUUUUUUUCUAGUUAAUUCCGUUGUUUCUUAUAUUUUUUUCCUCUCAUUUUAAAUAUUUUUUUUGUCAUUUUCUCUCCCGAAAAAUGAAACUUUGGACAUCUCCCUGGGUGUCUUGCCUGGUGAUUCUCAUCUUGUGUUUUGGAUCAGAGUGCGGGACAGUCCGGAGAAAGGGGAGAUCCAAGAGGGAGUUGGUGCGUAUUAGGGAGGCGAAAGCCACCAUCCCAGGGGCUUGUGCCACACGUCUGCCCCGGGGCAAACGGUCUUUGCCCGGCUUGGAGCGACGGGUGCUUCGCCAGCGUCGGCGCUCCUCUCACGCGGAGGAAAACUCUCCAGACCGGGGAAAAGCUGUCUAUUUUACCGGCAGGGGAGAUCAGCUACGACUGAAGCCUGGCGUGGAGAUACCCAGAGGAAAUUUCACUCUGGAGAUGUGGAUCAAACCGGAGGGAGGUCAACGAUCACCCACAGUGAUUGCAGGCCUAUACGACAAAUGUUUCUACGCCUCCAGUGACCGAGGCUGGCUGCUUGGUAUCCAGGCAGUUAGUGAACACGGGAAUCGAGACCCUCGCUUCUUCUUCUCCCUUAAAACUGACCGUGCCCACAAAGUGACCUCCAUCCACUCCAACACUCACUACAUACCUAACCAAUGGGCCCAUGUGGCAGUCACAUAUGAUGGUGUGUACAUGACACUCUAUGUCAAUGGCGCCCAGGUGGGUGUCAGUCGGGAGCAAUCAGGUGAUGUGUUCAGCCAUUUGACCAAAAAGUGCAAAGUGCUGAUGAUUGGGGGGAAUGCACUUAAUCAUAAUUACAGGGGGGCAGUGGAAAGGGUGGGUCUAUGGAGGCAGGCCAGAGGGCAGAGGCAGAUUAUCAGGGAUAUGCAGGGCCACGAGGACCCCCAAGAUCUACCUCAGCUGGUCAUUCGUGAAACAUUCGAGCACCCAGGACGGAAGUGGCUGACUGUGAAAGAUGGUAUCUUUCCUAACCCUGAGAAGGGAGGAGCUGGACGAUUAGGGUUUCUAGAUGGUGGAGGAGUUGGAAAUCCUGAAGGACUAUUGGACACAACGCUGGAACCUCCAACUUGUGGUCAAACUGUCUGUGACAACGUCGAGGUCAUCAAAAACUACAACCAGCUUUGGAACUUCCGUCGGCCCAAGAAAGUACGAUAUCGUGUCAUAAAUAUUUGGGACGAUGCAUGGAUGCGGCCAACUGUAUCAGACCACCAGAUCAGCCUGCAGCACCAGCAGCUAAAUGAUGCCUUUAUGCCCUACAACAUCACCUGGGAGCUUAGCAUUCAUAAUGUGACCAAUUCCUCUCUUCGAAACCGGUUGAUUCUAGCUAACUGUGAUAUCGGCAAAGUUGGCAAUGAUGCAUGUGACCCAGAAUGCAACCAUCCGCUGACAGGGUUUGAUGCAGGGGACUGUAUGUCUGGGCAUCGGAGUCGUUGCCCUGAGCAAAAACAGGGGAAUGGGGUAUGUGACCCUGAAUGUAACUGGGAAAACUUCUCCUAUGACCUUGGCGACUGCUGUAACCCCAAUGUGACAGAUGUGACCAAGACAUGCUUCAACCGUUCUUCUCCACACAAAGCCUAUUUGGAUGUGAAAGAGCUGAAAGAGAUUCUGCAUUUAGAUGGCUCGACUCACCUGAAUGUCUUCUUUGCCAACUCUUCUGAUGAAGAUCUGGCUGGGGUUGCCACUUGGCCCUGGGACAAAGAGGCCCUCACACAUUUGGGCGGAAUCGUGCUGAACCCUUCCUUCUACGGUACAUUUGGUCACACUGACACAAUGGUGCAUGAGAUCGGUCACAGUCUUGGGCUUUACCACGUGUUUCGAGGUAUAUCAGAGAUCGAGUCAUGUAAUGAUGCAUGUUUGGAGACUGAGCCCUCAAUGGAGACUGGAGAUCUGUGUGCGGACACCAACCCCACUCCCAAAUACAAAGGCUGCCACGAUCCUGAACCUGGCAACGAAACUUGUGGCUGUCGGCAUUUCACACAUACGCCGUUCAACAAUUACAUGAGUUAUGCAGACGAUGCCUGCACAGACUCGUUCACACUGAACCAGGUGGCUAGGAUGCACUGCUACCUGGACCUCAUCUAUCAGACCUGGCAACCCGUCUCCAAACCUCCUCCAGUGCCAAUGGCACCUCAGGUGGUUGAGCAGCAUCAUAAUUCCAUCACCCUGGAAUGGUUUCCGCCAAUUUCUGGACACUUUUACAACAGAGAAGUGGGAUCAGUGUGUGAUAAAUGCACUGAAGGGAGAGUUCUACUGCAGUAUGCCUCCAAUUCUUCCUCCCCACGACCAUGUGCCCCUUCUGGAUACUGGUCUCCAAGAGAGGCUGAAGGCCCUCCAGAUGUGGAGCAGGCUUGUGAGCCAAGUGUGCGCACCUGGAGUCCCAUUGCGGGGAUCGAACAAGGUGUUGUCGGCAUUUCAGGGUGCCCCCUCCAGGGCUGCAUGCUUCAGCUAGAGUUCGCCUACCCACUGGUACCAGACUCCCUGACUGUGUGGGUCACCUUCUUCAGCCCUGAGGAAACGGCACUGCCAGCUAUCCAUAAUAUCUUGCUACUGACUGUCAGUGGGAACAACAUUUCAUUGGGUCCCAGUAAUGUCUUCUGUGACACCCCACUGACUCUGAAGCUGGACAUAGAAGAAGAGGUGUAUGGGGUACAGUUUUUCACUAUGGACAACCACCUAGAGAUUGAUGCCACCCUCUUGGCAUCCAAGCCAGACUGCAUACUUUGUAGGCAUUGCCAACCACUACGCUACCGCCUGUUGCGCCAACCACCCUUCACCCAUGCACCACAAGGUCUGAUGUUGAAUGAACCUACCCGACGAUUUACAGACAGGGAUGUGCUGCCACAUGUUAUGUACACCUACCAGGUCCAGACUAUCUCUGGCUGGAGUGAGAGUGAGCCCUCCCCACCUCUGGAGCACGAGCUGGGGGCACCUUACUGCGGGGAUGGACGCAUCCAGAGAUGUUUUCUCAGUAUCGCCCUUUGCUAUUUUAGUUCCAAAGGAGAAGAAUGUGAUGACAUGAACUCUAUGAAUGGGGAUGGCUGCUCCAGCCAGUGCAAGAAAGAGUCCUUCUUCAACUGUGUUGAGGAGCCAAGCAUGUGUUACUACUAUGAUGGUGAUGGUGUGUGUGAGGACUUUGAGCGAGAGACGGGCGUCAGAGACUGUGGCCUCUACACCCCCAGUGGUUUCCUUGACCAGUGGGCCUCCACUGUCGAAGUUUCCCAUGAGGAGAAGCCCUACUGCUCUGGUGAGGUGGCUGCUGGAUACCCUGCUGUUACUAAGACAUGUCAAUCCAAGGUGUUUGAUCUAUCAGAUGGAGUGUCCCAGUAUGCAUGGUUCCCUUGUUCAGAUGUCCAUAAGUCCGUCUGGGGAUAUCCUAACUAUUGGCUCAAGGCCCACUUUUCUCAUCCCAUGGUGGCAGCAGCAGUGAUUAUACAUUUGGCUGCUGAUGGGACUACCUACACUGACCAGACUCAGUGUAACAUCACUGUUCAGCUGGUGGACACCAAGGAGGGCAUCCACAGUUUAGGUGAGUGGCGUCUCAGCUGCCGCACCAACCCUCUGGUGAUCCCAGUGAGCCAUGACCUGUCAGUGGCCUUCUAUCACACCAAGGCUAUCCUGGUCAUGUUUGCCUCUCGUCUCGUGGCCAUCUCCGGUGUAGGGCUGCGCUCCUUCCAGUCCUUCGACCCCAUCACAAUAAGUGGUUGCCAGAGCAAUGAGAUCUACAACCCCACAGGCCAGAGUUGUGUACAUUAUUCGUGCGAAGCCAUUGACUGCCAGGAACCCUUAAUCCGCAAUGCAGAGCUCAAGUGCAGUAGCCCUGGCCGCCACUUCUACAAUGGAGACCGCUGCACCAUCUCCUGCAACUCUGGAUACGUCCUGCAAAUCCACCAGGAUGAUGACAUCAUCAAGAGCCAGUCUGACUCUUCAGUGACCAUAACCUGUGCAAAUGGGAAGUGGAACAAACAAGUGUCAUGUGAGCCUGUGGACUGUGGUCUGCCAGACAAAUACCAUGUUCAUCCUGCCCAUUUCAACUUUCCUGAGGGCACUACCUACGGCAAGAAGAGCACCUUUCAGUGUCGAGAGCCUGCCCAGCUUGUAGGUACAAACAACACUCUUACCUGCCUAGAAGAUGGUCUGUGGUCUUUCCCAGAGGCUCUUUGUGAGCUUCGCUGCCCGGCCCCUCCUCCCGUACCCAAUGCUGUGCUGCAGACCAAGCGCUGCAAUGAGACAGGCCUCAAAGUGGGCACGCUCUGCAAGUACAAGUGCAAGCCAGGCUACCAUGUCAGCAACAAACCUAAGAGGCGUGCAUUUAAGCGCCAGUGCACAGAGGAUGGCAGCUGGCUAGAGGGGGCAUGCGAGCCAGUGACUUGUGAUCCCCCACCUCCCAUCUUCCAUGGCUCCUACCACUGCACUGACGGCUUCCGCUUUGACAGCGUCUGCAGACUCAACUGCUCUGAUCCUGCUGGUAAUACUGCUAUCGCCGCCGCAGGAGGCUCUGCCCAUACGGUGAGGCUGCUGCACGCUCCAUGCAAUCAGGGCGCGGGGUCUAAUGUGAUCCGCUGUAGGAAGGAUGGAAACUGGACAGGGUCGUUCCGCCUAUGCCCACACAGCAAAGGCCAGUGUUCUUUACCUCAAAACCUCCAUUAUAGACUCCAAUACUCAUGCAAGCGAGGACACGGCAUAGGUGAGGAGUGUGAGCUGACAUGCAGAGAGAGUACGAACGACGUGGUGAUCCUCCCUAGCAACAUGACAGUAGAGAGGGUACUGAGAGAGCACUGGAGGAACCCGCACAAAGUCAAGAGUAUAGUCUGUACAAUGGGCCUGAAAUGGUAUCCACACCCAGAAUUGCUCCACUGCAUCAAAGGCUGUGAGCCAUUCAGGGGAGACAACUACUGUGAUGCGGUCAACAACAGAGCCUUCUGCAACUAUGAUGGAGGAGACUGUUGCCAAUCCACUGUCAAGACCAAGAAGGUGAUUCCAUUCCCCAUGUCCUGUGACAUACGAGAUGAGUGCUCCUGUCGGGAUCCCAAUGCUAUAGAGAACAGAAAGGAGGGACAUGUCCAUUCCCUGGGGUGACCAAGCUGAGCAGGGACCUCUGUUCAACGUCCCAGGACCCUUGCUCCAACACAACACAGCCAGAGCGGCCGAGGCAGACCCCUCCUUCAUUCUCCUCUCGGCCUCCAAUUUCCUGCACAUGCUGCUUAACAGGCAUACCUCUCCAUCCAUACUGCAACCACAACCAGCUGAAAUGCCUCCACCUACACAUCACAGAAAGAUCUAGAAUAGAGGAUGGGACUCUCGAGACUCCGCAGAAAACUUCAUUUCUCAGCUAAAAGGAAAGUAACCCUGCAAUAUCAUCAUAAAAAAUAUAUAUAGCAAGGAGAAAAAAAUACAUGAAACAGACAUUUUUUUUUGAAAGAAUAAGAAAACAAACAAACAAAAAAACCUAAACAAAAUAUAAACAAGCCUAAGUAGCAUGCCUUUUGUUCAGUUUCGUGCUGGCUUCAGUGUCUAUUUUAGUGACCUUGCUCUACAAUCACAUGGUUGAACCAAAGGUAAAUCAAAAUGUGCAAGUGGGGGAUUGUGUUGAUGUCGGCUCUGUGUUUUGCAACUAUGAAGGAAUUCAAGACAAAUGCUAAAAUUAAACCUCAGACACUUUGAAGGCAUGUUAAACACCUUUUUGGAGGGACUAGAAAUUCGUGCUUAUAUCAUUCCUGGUUUCAAACUGGUCAGACAUUCUGUAUCUAUAUGUCCUUUUCAGUAAAGUGUGUUUCUUCAUAGACACAUCAGAGGCUAUAGAUGUUAUUCCUAGCUUGGUGGGGAAUGAGACAGCCAUAUUGUUAAGUUUAAAGCCACACAUUCAACACAAAAGGCAAAAUAAAAUGCACAAACACACAACAAAUGUCAAAUAAUUGUUGACCAAUUGCAAACAUAAUUUCCUAAGACAAUUUUAUACUACUUCAGCAAAAUCCUGAAUGCAUAAACCAUUUUUAGCAUGGCUUCUGCUACUGUCUUUGCUGCUACUUGCCAUCUUCACAUCAUAAUAUCUAAUAGGGUUAGACAGAGUUGUCUGCCUUGCUGCUUACAGUACCUCUUUAUUGCAUUCAUUCAUGCUUGCAUGUUAGUCCAUCACACUUUCAGAUAAUACACGGCACCACAUAUGAAAUGCACUAAAACCCAGAACCUCACUUGUCAUUCCUAACUGCCCAAGAAAAAUACUACAUACAUUGACCACGACUUAAAGAAUGUCAUCGAAAACACCUCACUUUGAGUUGGGGUGAUUUUAGUUUCAGUUUGAACUCCUCCCUCAUGGCGCUGGAUAAUAACUUUGUUACCUCAAGCGCUGAUUCAAAAUGUUUAAACUGAAAAUAAAAUGAUCCCAGCCCUGUUCAGAAUGUAGUCAAUGAGUCUGUGGCUUUUUUGAUCGGACAGUACUGCACAGCACAGUCCCACAAGAGUACUGAAAUAAAGGACUGGAUAGGCCAUGGCUCUUGGUGAGAAUGACUAUAGGUGGAAGGAGACCACGUCUGACACACAUGCACGCGCGCACACACAGAAAUGAACACAUACACACAUAUCUGUCAUUCUCUCCCCUCCAAGUAGUGUUGGAGUCUCAGCUGUAGCUCUGCAGGCAACAUUGUUGUACAUGAAAAUGACAUUUGGAUGUAUAUGUCAACACAGCAUUUGCAGUCACAAUAUGAUCAAAGGUCCUAAGAUUGUCUAGUGGGUCAAGUUUGUAAAUAUUUAAUUUAACUGUUACAAUUGUCUCUGCAUUAAAAAGUGCACUUGGUUGCUCUGAUCAGCACUUUUCAGUAUUGUGAACCUGGGUGUCUGUCCCCCCAAUUAACUUCUUUAGAAUACAUGGCUGCUACAAAAGCUUUGUAUUUUGUUACUCUUCAUUCCAGACACAUAUACACUAGUUUUUCUCGUGCACAUUUGAUAAUGAAGGCUGCUUGGCAUAUUGGUCCAAAUUCUGCUGCUCUUAUUUGGCUGCAACCAUAGUCAUGGUUACUAUCAGCAUGAUUAUGAAUUUUCAUUAAUUUGGGCCAAUGGCACAGUCCCUCUGACUCAUAUUAGGUUGCUAUAGCAUUCCACAUCAUUGUCAUAAAUCAUUGUACACAACAAGCUGUACAAGUGGCAUUGUAAGACCAAUUUCAUGUCAUUUUAAAACCAAUGUUAGUGAAGAACUAAGUCAGUACCACAACAUACAGAAAAAGUGAGAUGGUAUUAUUUUCCACCAAAUAUAAAAAUCACAAAUAUCAUGUAAAUAUUACUACAUGUUCUUAAUGGACAGGUGGUUGAAAAAUGUUUUUUGUUUUUGUUUUCAUGUAUUUCAUUUUUACAAAAUGUCAUAUUUAAUCAGUGUUUGUAUUAUUGACCUCAGUUACGGCACUUUUUAGUUUCCAUGUAAGAAGAAAAAGUAUAUCUUUCAAAAAAUCUUUAGAAGCUGCUAUUGUCAGAAUGGUGAUCUGAAACAAACUGUAUGAUAUUCGAUCGUUUGACUCCCUGUGUUGCUAUUAGCUUUCCUGUCUUUAGUGUUUUAUAUGUAUCUGGCCAUAGAUACUCCUCUCCAACAUAAACUGACUUUGCAUUCGAUGUAAUCAAUGAAGUAGGGAGAUAUUAUCACUUUGAACCAUAUAUCCAUCUAUCCAUAAUCCCGAAAGGCCCCUAAAUCCCCCCGAAAUAAGGUACACAUCAACAUAUUAUGUUUAGAAUUAUAUUGUCACAUAUUUAAGGUCUAGCUAGACUUCAGAUUUGUCUUUUGUUUUGCCCUGAUAUGUGUUUAUUACAUCAUCUUAGGUUAAAGGUAUACAUUUUGGCAAAGAAACCAAGAGAUGUCAAAGGGGAAGAAAAAGCUUAAAUGAAGGAAUUCCCAUUAAAAGACUUUUGAGAGUCUUUGUAAUUUUUAUGAAAUAUGAAACUUUAUAAUAACGUUGUAAAGGCUCAGCCCGUUCUCAUCCCAGCACGUCAAAUACUGACGCUUCGUUAUUUGAUGCUCAAGGUACCCUUCAGUGUCCGUGUGAGAUUUAAGUUACAUAACAUGUGACUUAUGUCCGGUAAUUAUACUUAUUUCAUCCCAAACCAUACUCUUUUCCUAACCAAGUAGUUUCUGUGCCAAAACCUAACCAAACUGCGGCCAUUUCACAACAUUAACCACAUCUUAAAAAGGCAUUUCAUACGGACGCUGAAAGGUACCUUGUGCAUACCCUGGGAUGAUCAAAAUUGCAUUUAACACUUUAUAUGAAAAAUUAUAUAGCCGUGGUAAAAAAGAAAUGUAUUAUGUUGCUAUUGUCAAAUUAUAUGUAAUAUUAGUACUCCAGAUACUGCUGCUUUACAUAGAACUGUUACCAGUGGGGAGAAACUGACCUGCAAUCACUACACUAUGCCAAUGACAUGCAGUACUGUGGUUCAUCACCUGCCAUUGAGGUCACUGGAAAGCCAUUCUAGCAGUUUGAAGGGAUGCAUCCGAAAUAUGUCAUUGGAUCCUUCCCUUUAUUCUAUAAAAUUAACAUAGUCUGUCAUAGCUUCCACAUACUUUGAUUAACUUAGAAAUACCCUUCUCAAAAAUUACAUGUAUCAUCAGUCAAUGUCUGGAUACCAAAAGAAGCUGAUCGUUAUUACUAUCAGAAAGGCUACAAAAUGUGACUACAUGUCAGCUUGAAGAAAUCUAUUCUUAAUUUUGGAGAAGAUACCCAUAAGCCAUAGAUAAUCAAGAUAUUCAUGGAAGGAAGUAUAAGAUUAAGCAUUGGAUGAGGACAUCACCCCUCUACUGUAGUCAUCAUAGGAUCCCUUGCUGUACCUCAUGCCUGUAAUGUUUGCUGCUUCUAUAUUUUUGGUAUUUUAGUGACAUUUUUGCGUCUCAUAACAAUGGUGUAAAUAGUAGAACUAUUUAUUGAGAGUGUUAUACUUUUUUAAGUUAUAUUUAAUGUCCAUGUAAGUUAUUUUUUACAUUGUUCUUAUAAACAAAAACAUUAUCGGUCAAAACUGUUAUUUUGUCUCCGUCAUCACACUCUGUUGUGAUUAUUGCUGUCAGGCAUUGAUCAAACAUGUAGUACACUUAAGGCCCACAACCACACAAGAACUUGUCUCAUUGGUCAUCGAGUGUAGAUGGACACUGCUUGCAUCCAAUGAGGAUUCAACACAUGUUGAAAUGUUACUAAGUGCAGUGUAUCCAUUUUUAUUCAUUUAAAACCGGAAUGUAAAGUUAAUUUUUUUUUCCUUUAUUUGCUUUUUUUAUGCACACAUUAGCCAUAUGUAUAAGAAGUUGUGAAAAGAGAGUAUAUAAGUAUAUAAUGGACAUACAUAAUAUAGCAAAUAAUGUUAUGAGAGACCAGUGUAAGGCACAAGGAAUAUAUACACAGCCAGUUAAGGGCAGGAGAAAAUGGGCACGUGGUAAAGAGAGUGGUCAAAAAUGAAGGAAGAAAAGGACUGGAGGUCAGAAGGCAGCUGAUGGUGCACCAGAUAGAGUGUUCUUGGAUGGGAGAAAAGUAAAGGUGGGCAGGGAGAGAGCUAGGGAUGGGUGGGCUGCUUUUCCUGGCUUGUCUAGCUAUUUGUCCAGGUGUGAAAAUGUGUACUCACAGAGGCUGCCCCUGGGCCAGGGGUGGCCAGCGCUGACUGGCAACAAGCCGAGGCCAAUGAGUCAGAGUUUCUCCUGGGGGUGGCAGCCGUCCCUCUCUGGGACUCCGACCACCCCUUCCCUCACCCCUCCUACCGCCAUCCCCCCACGCCCCGACACACUGCCUCAUCUGUCACUGUCAGGUAUGCCUGCACAGUGCUGCCAGGGUCAAGCUGGCUCUGUGAAAAUGAGAGAGGAUGUUUGCCCAGCUUACAGAGCCUUUUGAAGUUAGGCCGAAGGAACACAGUUCUCCUCACCUAGAGCCUAUGCUUAUCACAUAAUAUGAUUUAUAUAGCAGUCUUUUAUGACAGGCUUUGAUACCUCUCCACAUUUUCCACCAACAGUCGCUCCUUUGUUUCUAAUUUAACACCUGGUUGUUGUAUUGCUUGUCUAAAAAUGGCAGAAACUUUGUAGUGUCUAACUCAUUACAAAGUGAUAAGGAGUGUUAGAAAGAGUGUCUGAAGCCCUAAUAUUUUUGCUCAGAUCAUUGUGGAGAAAAAUACUGAUGUGCCAUCUUGUUGUAAGACAUUUUUCUGUGUAUUGUAACACAUGAAGUACCUCUCACAGGCCUCUGGUUAUAGAAUGGUCCACUUAUGUCUGUUUCCUAAUCCCUCAAUAAAUAAAAAAGGUGAAUUGUCCUUUUUCUAAGUGGGAAGUCCAAAAAAAGUGUAUUUACAUAUUAUGUGGAUAUCUAGUGGUAUUACUGCGAUGUUUCGUACCCGAUUGCUCAACAAAUAUAUUUUAAGAUGUAAAUAAUAAUAUUAUAUGAUGAUUGUAUUUGCAAACCAUGUACUAACUGUUUGGGAGUAGCUCUUGAUUUUUAUCAUAACUAUUAUACAAAGAGAUGAACCGUGAAUAUGUUGUGCAUUGUGUCAAAGUAUCACCUGCAAGACAGAAAAAAGGAAAAAAAAAGACCUGUGAUGCUUUACCACACCACUCGCUGUCAGCAUUUAUUUGUUCAUAAUGGCUUAGUACAAGCACUGUUGUCAGUUGUCUAAACCAUGAAUUUAUCCAUUGAGUCAUAAAUUAUUUAUUUGUUGUCAAGAUGAAUAAAAUCAUAAUGGUCAUUUCUGGGUCUUAGGAGUUGAAAUUGAUGCUCAUAAUCAGACUUGACUGAUCUUUGUUAUGCAUUGAGAAGUUCAUUUUAAAUUGGUCUGAGUUGACACCAACAGCUUUCCUUUCUCCUCACUCUAUACUGUAUGUUGUUGAGUCUUAUCCCAAUGCCUUUGUGUUUGCUGAGAAUUUCACCAACACUGUAAAGGUAGCCAUCAGACUCAGUAGUCCCUCCCUCCCUCUGAUGGCCUCCUCUCUCUUUGGUUCUUACACAGUAUGCACUUUUUCAGGCACAUAUACAACAGAUUAGACUUUUAUGUUUCUCUCUGUUUUCACAGUUGCAAUUAUAUAUAUUUUUGGUGCUCUGGUACAUGGCAAAACAUGUCUGAUGUGUACUAUAUUUUCAUAAGGAAGAGUCAUAAAGAUGAGUAUCAUGUUCAUUUUGCUGUCAUUUAUUGUGUAGAAAUAAAACACUGGUUAAAGUGAACAUAAA